AUGGGUCUUCGGGAUUUCGUUCAUUCACGUGGUUACAGCAGUAACAUGACCAAUGAUAUUAUUACUGGCGAGGAGGGCUUGCUAACGUUAGCAUUGUCUGAUGAUUGGUCCCAUGCCCAUGCAGAGGAUCAGCUUUUUAAAAAACUCUUCAUCGGGUACAACAAGUGGUCCAGGCCUGUCCGUAACAUCUCUGACGUAGUCAUUGUCAAAUUUGGACUCUCCAUUGCCCAGCUCAUUGAUGUGGAUGAAAAGAAUCAAAUGAUGACAACAAAUGUUUGGCUGAAACAGGAAUGGAAUGAUUAUAAGCUACGCUGGAAUCCUUCUGAUUAUGACAAUGUAACAUCAAUCCGAGUUCCCUCAGAGAUGAUCUGGGUACCAGAUAUUGUCCUGUAUAAUAAUGCUGAUGGUGAAUUUGCCGUGACCCACAUGACUAAAGCCCAUUUGUUUCACACGGGGAUGGUGCGGUGGGUGCCUCCUGCUAUCUACAAAAGCUCCUGUAGCAUCGACGUCACCUUUUUCCCCUUCGACCAGCAAAACUGUAAGAUGAAAUUUGGCUCGUGGACGUAUGAUAAGGCCAAGAUUGACCUGGAGCGGAUUGAGAACACAGUUGAUUUAAAGGACUAUUGGGAGAGUGGAGAAUGGGCCAUCAUCAAUGCAGUGGGCACCUACAAUACCAAGAAGUACGACUGCUGCCACGAGAUCUAUCCAGACAUUACCUACUUCUUCAUCAUCCGUCGCCUGCCUCUUUUCUAUACCAUAAACCUCAUCAUUCCCUGCCUGCUUAUCUCCUGCCUGACAGUGUUGGUCUUCUACCUACCGUCUGACUGUGGCGAGAAGAUCACAUUAUGUAUCUCUGUGCUUCUCUCUCUCACUGUCUUCCUACUGCUCAUUACUGAAAUCAUUCCUUCCACUUCGCUGGUUAUCCCUCUCAUCGGCGAAUAUCUACUCUUUACCAUGAUCUUUGUCACGCUUUCCAUUGUCAUCACUGUCUUCGUGCUUAAUGUGCACCACCGCUCUCCCAGAACCCACAAGAUGCCGCACUGGGUUCAAUCAAUAUUCCUUGACUUCAUUCCUCGCUGGCUCUUCAUGAAACGGCCGGUGCCAGACCAAAAACACCAGCGUCUGCUGCUCCUUGGAGAGAAGAGCUGUAUUCCUAGCCUCAGUACCUCCACAUCUUGGUUGCAGCAGGAGACUGACAUAGACAGAGGAACCUACCCAGACAUGGAAGUAGGAGUUCCGCCCUCUCUGUCGUUAUCUUCCCCUACUUCCUUGCAUUUGUCUGACUCCGACCCCCUGCUCCAGAAGUACAGUCUACAGCAACAUGGGACCAGGGUCAAUUUCACUCAGCGUCCAACUAAGGUCAACAACCUAGAGGCUGACUCAAGUCUGCUCUUCUCCCCCAGUGUCCUACGUGCUCUGGAGGGGGUACAUUACAUUGCUGAUCAUCUUCGUGCUGAAGAUGCUGACUUUUCUGUAAAGGAGGACUGGAAGUAUGUUGCGAUGGUGAUAGACCGUAUCUUCCUGUGGAUGUUCAUCAUCGUGUGCCUGUUGGGGACAGUGGGACUGUUCCUGCCUCCCUGGCUCUCAGGGAUGAUCUAG